AUGUCUUUGAUUCUAAGGUUUGUUGACAGUUUUGAAAUAAUUCGAGAGAGGUUUUUGGAUUUGAUCCAUGUUGCUAAUACACGUUUAGAAUUGUUGAUGGUCGUCAUUGUUUCCACUUUGAGCCGAAACUCUCUUUUGCUAUUCUGUGUACGAAGACAAAAAUAUGAUAAAGCAUCUAAUAUGUGUGAAAACAUUAACGGAUUGAAGACUAUCAUCCAAAGAAAAGUACCUUCAGCAUACUAUGUUCAUUGUUUUGCACACCGAAUUCAACUUGCUUUGAUAUCAAAAGCUAAGAAUCACAUCAAAGUUUGCCGGUUCUUUGUUGAAUUGUCAUCAUUAUGUGUCACGGUAGGUGUUUUUUGUAAACGUGCGGAUUUGUUUCAAGAAUUAUGCUCUGUAACAGUUUCAAAAGCAAAAGUGUUAAGAUUGUUGGAAGCGAUAUGCAGCUUUGACUUUGUUCUAAUGUUAUACAUUAUGAAGACAAUUUUAAGCAAGUCUGUAGUUCUUUUUGAAGCUUUACAACGCAAGGACCAAGACAUACUCAAUGCUAUGAACCUUGUUGGUGUUACAAAGUAUGAAUUGCAAGAAAUGAGAUCAGAAGAAGUAUGGAAAGCAGUAUAUGAAGCGGUUCAAUCUUUAUGUCUCACAAAAAACAUCGCUGUCCGUGAUAUGGAAUCAAUUUAUGUGCUUACGAUACAUCCUCGUCGCAAUGCUGACAACAUAACCUACAAUCAUUAUUAUCAUGUGGAGAUCUUCCUCAACAUUAAGUCUAUUAAUUAUCAUCUUGUUUUGCGACUAAUCAGUUUGGCUUUAACUUUACCUGUUAGUACUAUGUCAAUUGAACGUUGUUUCUCAACAUUGAAGAUUGUGAAAAUGGGAUUGAUGAACAAAAUGGAGGAUGAGUAUCUUGCUGAUGCUAUUGGUACGUUUGUUGAAAGAGAGUUAGCACAAGGAAUCACCACUGACGUUAUUAUUGAGAAAUUUCAAAUGCUGAACACUCAAUGUUUGCACUUAGAUUAA